CGUGCGCCGUGAUGUGAGGCGGUAAUGAAAAAUCGUACAAAACAUCACCAUCACGGUUAAAAAUGGCGUUCGGUCUAGCUGCGUUUUCAUACAUUGUUGCAUUAAUUAUCGACGCCUUUUUAAUAUUCUUUUCGAUAUUUCACGUCAUCGCUUUUGAUGAAUUAAAAACAGAGUACAAAAAUCCAAUCGAUCAAUGCAACAGUCUAAACCCGCUUGUCGUUCCAGAGUACCUUCUACACGUUUUUUUCAACGUACUCUUCUUGAUUGCCGGAGAAUGGUUCUCCUUAAUUUUGAACCUUCCUUUGCUCGUCUAUCACUUCCUUAGAUUUCGGAACAGGCCUGUGAUGUCUGAACUCGGUCUUUACGAUCCUACAACUAUAAUGAACGCGUCUGACUUAACGAGAUGUCAACGAGAAGGCUGGGUCAAACUGGCGUUUUAUCUUUUGUCCUUUUUUUACUACCUUUACGGAAUGAUCAGCUCCCUCAUUCAAUGAGCAAAUCUCAUUGUCAGCAAUCAUGAUCAUGGUUCCAUUUUAACAUCUAACUAACCACUAGAGAUUAGUAUUAAAUAAGUCUUAUGUGUGAAUAAAUUCAGGCAACACAUCUGUUUGAAUGGAAACGAUGUAAAAUGUGUAUAAAUAUGGAGAACUUCUUGUGUUUAUAAAUAAUUAAUUGUGUAACGUGCGUAAUUUGGUGAAUGUCUGAAAAGCAUUUCUUUUGUACCAUUGCAUUCGUUUGCUUGAAGUUUCAUUGAUUCGUUUGACUUUUGGGUGGAGUG